AUGUCUGAACCAGCUCUUAAUGAAUACAUACCUACCAUUGAUGCGAUCUUAAAUGUGUCAGACUUUGAAAAGAUAUCGGUAAAGAAGAUUCGGAAUGCGCUCCAGGCGCUUUUCGAGGUAGACUUCCAUCCGUACAAGAAACAAAUCCAGCAGCUCAUCAUUCUGCGCUACAACCUCCUCUUGAGCCUCAGAGAAGAGGGCCACCUGGGCCCGGCGCCCACGCCGUCAGAAGAGCUAGAGAACACGGUGACAAAACUUCGGUUGGAGAACGAGAUCCUAGCAGCCCGGUUAAACAGCCAUGUCACAGCCAAGGUAAUUGAAGAGAACAAUAGCCCGGUGGAGAAGCGGAAAGUGAAGCGGAAGACAAAUACCGACGACAACACAGAGAAAAAGAAGAUAAAGAGAAACACAGAAAACAACGCAUUCACCCGGCCGUUGCGAUUGUCGGCGCAGCUAGCCGCGUUUUUGGGCGUGGAAAGCUGUGCGCGCACGGAGGUGGUGAAGAAAAUGUGGGACUACAUUAAAACGCAUAAUCUCCAGAACCCCGAAGACCGCCGGGAAAUUCUCUGUGACGCGAAGAUGGAGCAUGUGUUCCAGACAAAUAAGAUGACAAUGUUUUCAAUGAACAAGUAUUUGGUUGAACAUUUGUCGAAGAUAGAGUAAGUGCGAUAUUAGCCGGUGUAUACUGUUAGGAAUGUAUUUCAAAAAGCUAAAUGGGAUUGGAUAAGCAUAAGGAUGGUGUACGGCUUUGUAGUUAGUGGGGUUACCUGAGCUCGAG